AUGGAUGAAAAGGGAUAUCGGAUAACUGUACACAAGCAGAACACAGUUCUAGCAGAGAAAGGAAGCAAAAGAGUUCAUCUCAUUGCCCCUGAACACGCGGAAAAUGUUACAAUAGCAAUGUGCGUGAAUACCAUUGGUACUGCGAUACCACCUAUGAUCCUCUUUGAAGGAAAAAGACAGAGACCUGAUCUAUGUGAUAACUUACCAGCAGGAACAUUAGUCAGGAUGGCACCGAAAGGCAGUAUGACUGCUGAUUUGUUUGUAGAGUUUAUUAAGCACCUAGCGAAAUAUAAGGUUGCUGGAAAAUGUUUACUUAUAUUUUAUGGUGCCAAAUGUCACUUGUCAAUAGAAGUUUUAGAUGAAGCUGAUAAAACGACAUAG